AUGGAGAAAAAUAAUCCAUUACUUCCAUUUGCAUUUACAAGUUCAUCAUUUAAUGAUCCAUUACCAUUAAAUACUACUCCACGUCAUAGAUCAAUCAUAGAUGAAAAUGCGUCAAGUCAAUACCAUACGCGUACUUCAUCUUCUAUUAAUAAUCAAACAACUUCAACGAACGAUUUCAAUCAUUUACGACGGAAAUUGGAUUUCGCUCCUAGAUUGAAGAGGAAAAUGGGUGAAAGUUUUAAUGAACGUGAUGAUGUUAAGAGAAUUGAUACUCAUGUUAGUAGUGAACAACCAACGGAAAUAGAUAUUGACAACAGCGACAAUGAUGUCGAUGAUGAUUAUGAUAAUGACAAUAACGAACCAUACUCACUACCUCCAAGUAGUCCCUUGUUAGAUAUUCCAUUAAUAUCAGAAUUUGAUUUUAAUACAAAUACGCAUAGAAAUUAUCCAAUUCCUGAUUCGCCUAAAGCCAAUUUUGCAGAAAUACCUCCUAGUGAGAUCGAACAUUUAUUUAUUCAACCGUCGCCUAGAAAGAAAGUAGAUAUUAAUGAAAGUCCUUCCAGGAGAAGAAACCGAGUCAUAUUGAGUUCUGACGCAGAUUUUGGAAUUGAUAGAUUCAAUCGAUUUAAAGGUGCAUCUGGUAGUUUUAAUAAUCAAUUGCCGUCAUCUAUGGGGGAUAAUAUGGAUGAAACAUCUUAUGAAAGUCUUCGACAAAGUAGUUAUGACAAAGCACGAUCCAUAAUCCUUCAUUCUUUUGAAGAAGUGAAAACUAUCAUUAAUUUAGAGUCAAUGAAUUUAUAUGAACUUCCUGAUGAAAUCAAAGAUAUGAAUAAAUUAGUCAUAUUUGGAAAUAAUAAUAAUCAACUUGACCUGGCUCUGUAUCAAUUAUAUUUAUCAAAUAAUAAAUUAUAUAUGGUUCCACCAACCUUAUUCAAAUUUACCAAAUUAAAUGUAUUAUCACUUCGACAAAAUAGAUUAACAUAUUUACCUCCAUUAAUUGAGAAAUUAACCAAUCUAAUGGAUAUAUCAUUGGGUGCUAAUCAAUUGGAAUGGUUGCCUUGGCAAAUCUUGAAUUUACCAAAAUUGCAUACUUUACUAGCUGGUCCUAAUCCAUUUAAACCAAUACCAAACGAUGAUGAUAUCCCCAACACUGCAGCCAUUCCUAUGAAUAUAGUAUAUAACAAUCAUAAAUGCAAGUACAGAACACCAAUCAUCAGUCUAACAAAUAGACCAACGCCAGUCCCGUCAUUAAAGAAUCUUUGUUUAAAUCAAAUAGCAAAAUAUGAUGUUACUUAUAAAGAAACAAAAACUUGGAAAAGAAGUAUACCUAAAGUACAUCAUAAUUCAAUUAUUCAAGCAAUUACAAAGGGGAAAUACGGGGAUGUUUGUAAUCAAUGUAUUGUAAUUAUCGUGGAACCAAUGGCUGAAGUCUACGAAUGGUGGGAUAUUCUUAUGAAUAAAAAUGUCCCAAUUAGAAAACAAUUCUGUUGUCAGAGUUGCGUUGAACGAUAUCUUAAUAGUAUAAGAGAAGAAUAA